AUGCCAGCCCGCCGCCUCCCCCUUCGCGUCCGCGCUGGUCCUGUCCCACCUCCCUUCGCAUGUCCUCCGCACUCAUCCGUGCUCCUGCUCGCCCCGACUGCCUCUCUGGCGAGUAAUGCACCCUCGCCCAGCCUUCUCUAUGCGUUCCUCGCUGCCAGUGCCUCUCGGGCGAAGGGGAUCUCUCGUCCCUUCUCCCUCCGUGCCCGCGGCGACUGUCUUGCAGAUGCCACUCCUCCCAUCUCCCUCCCUGCUUGCGCUGCAGACCUGGCGAACGUGUCUCAUCCCUUGCCCUUCCCGCGUGGUGCCGCCACGGAUCAGGUGAGCCAGACCCGCCAGUCUGUCGUCUAUCAUGUUGCCCAUGCCGAUCAGGCGAGCGCGACCCGCCCCCCUGCCUCCCAUCAUGGUGCUGACGCACCUCAGGCGAGCGCGACCCUCUGUUCCGCCCUCCUCCGGGCUGCCAACGCGGAUCAGGUGAGAACUCGUCCUCGCGCAUUUCCUAUUGCUCCUCCGCCCGCCCCCGCUACUACUCUGAUGAGUGAUUCACCCUCCUCAUCACUCCUUUUCGUCUUCUCCCUCCCUUCCUUACCCUCAGGGGAAUCUUCUUGA